AUGAGUAGAAUAGCUAAUGCGCGAGUACUUUGGGAUGAACCUGGGGAGCUGCUUAAGUCUAUGGUCGAAGUGCAAGAUGUGAGACUUUCGACGAAUAAUGCCGUGACGGGUUUUCCUGUGUCGUAUUGUAGGCGAAUGACAAGCAAUAUGGCGUUUUAUCAUUAUAAAGGAACUUUCAAUCCUUUGUUGAAGGGGAAAGACAAAGUCUUUCAGAAAAAUCGGAAGAAGUCCAAUCAGUCUAAACUGAGUCUAGGCGGAGGUGAAAUAUAUAGUAAAGUGUUAGAAAGCAAAAAGAGAAGAUUUCUGAUUCAUCAAGAUUACUCACAAGGCAAAGAACUUUUCUCUAUCGCGGUAUAUGAUGACACUGGAACCAGAUGUCCAUUGCUACCUCAGCCGAUCGGUAUGAAUUAUAGUCUCAAGAAUGAUGUUUCGGUUGGACAGCAUAUCCGAUCACCUCUUAACUUCUCUGAUCAGACGUAUAUUGUGUCUUGCGAUUGUGUUGAUGGAUGUUCAUCAAGCUGUAUUUGUGCUCUAAUGACAAAUGACAUGGAUGAUGUAGAAGCCCGGUCAUCGUUGAAACAGAACAGAGGUCUAUUGCUUCUGAGCAACGAUUUUCUGAAUAGAAAGCUCCUUGUGUGUUGUGGAGACUUGUGUAAAUGCCCACCAACUUGUAAGAGACGCCUCGAGAACCUGAUAAAACCAAAAAAAUUUGAGAUAUAUAAGUACAACGAUGACGUGGGUUAUUGCCUAAGAACCAUGAAUAAUAUCACUUAUGGAGAGCUUGUAAUUGAGUUUGUCGGCAAGAUCAAAGUUAAUCCUGACCACGUGAGUGAGGAUUAUGCUAUGCUCAUUAGCAAGUAUGACGAUACUGAUCUCAUGAAAACGUUGAUGGAAACUACUUAUGAGUACAUUGAUGAGGACGCAUGGAGAUCUUACCAAUUCGAAGAAAUCCAUUUGGAUCCUUAUGACUUCGGCAAUGCUUCCCGUUUUCUCAAACAUGCUUGUAUUCCAAAUACAUAUCCAAUAAGAGUUAUCGUAAACGACUUCCGCCCCUUUAUGCAUAGAUUUGUGUUCGUGGCAACAGCACCAAUUCCGGCUGGAGCCGAGCUAACAUUCGAUUAUGGACGGGACUAUUGCAACCGCCUUGAAAUGCACUGUAAAUGCAAUGCAAUUUUUUGUGUUCAGCAAAAAGAACGUUACACGAAAAUGUCGCCAACGGCAGUCUCAGGCGUGAUAAAUGCUUAUACGGAAUCACUGAUAACUGCGGCCAUUGAGAUGGAUCAUAUACGUGAACAGUUUCUAAAAGAGCAAUCAGAUGCAAGAAAGCGGAGGAAUGGAAAUCUGGUUAAAGAUAUUCUGGUUGAAGUAGUACAGGACGAAGAAGCAGAGGUAGAAGCUUGA